UACGCGCCGCUCCUUCCCGCUCCCCCUGCCGGCUCGUCCCGCCCCGGGCCCGUCGUCUACCGCCUGCUGGAGAGCGAGUCCCCGCCCGACGGGAGGAGCCCCAACCCUGGAGGUGUCCUGGGGGCGCCGCCAUCACCGAGGAGGUCGGCGUCCCGGUCAAACGACUGGGAGAAACGACGCCGCUCACCGCCCCGGAGGUCGCCUUCUCCCGUGCGGCACAAGCGGACGCGCAGGGACGACGACGGGGACGCUGGCCGUGGCCCCCGCAGCCCACCGCGCGGCGGGAGGUACGAUCGCGAUGGAGGCAGGGGGAGGUCUGCUGGGCAUGGCGCGCAAGAUGGGCCGGACUCUGGCUAUGGUGCUUUCAGUAAUGUUCAUGGCACCGAAAGGAAGGGGUUAAUGACAUACAAACAGUUUUGCCUAUUUCUUGAAGAUGAUGUUUCACCAGGUGAAGCUGGGAGCAGGUACCAAGAAUACAAGACAGCAUACAUCACUACACAGAAACGUGCCUAUUUCGAUCUCCAUAAGGAUGAAAUUCGGUUGAAAGAGAAGUACCACCCGACAAACUUGCUAUCUGUCAUUGAAAGGAGGAAUGGAUUCUGUAAGGCUGCAGCGAAGGAUUUAAUUCUUGAUUUGCGAACUGGGGUUUUGGACUGUGGUCCUGGAAUGACCGCUGGUGCAGCAAGUAAAUUAGGAAAUAACAAUGCUGGAAGCUCUGACAAUGAUGAAGAUUAUGGUAGCAAGAGAAGAAAGAAUAGAAGAGGUCCCCAAAAAGAACCUGAACCACUUUCAACUGCUCCUAAAGCUCAUCCAAUAAGUUCAAAGUAUCGCCGAAUUCAAACUGAUAUAGUUCAAACUCUAGCUUUAGUGAAAAAGCUUGACGCAGAGAAGGGUAUUGUUGGAAACAUCCUAUCAACCAGUGAUCAUGGCAUGUCAGAUGUUGACAGAUCACAUGUUGGGUCCGUAGGGCCUAUAGUUAUUGUCCAGGGCUUAAGUACUGUCAAGGGCCUUGAAGGUGUUGAGCUCCUCGACACUCUCCUUACUUACUUAUGGCGCGUCCAUGGUGUCGAUUACUAUGGCAUGUGUGAGAUGAGAGACGCAAAAGGUUUUCGUCAUGUGAGAGAUGACAACAAGAGCACCAUUGCGUUUAACAUCAGUGCUGCUGAUUGGGAGAAAAAACUAGAUUCCUUCUGGCAUGAAAGACUGAUGAAUGGAAAGGAUCCUCUAGUUGUAUUGGCAUCCCAGGACAAAAUUGAUGCAGCAACUGUUGAGACUCUGGAACCUUAUGUCAAAAAAAUUAUGGAUGAUAAGUUUUCCUGGAAGUAUGGGUGUGGAGCCUUGGGAUGUAUUAAAAUUUUCCAUGCUCCUGAGUUUGUUCACAGGCAUUUAAAACUCAAGCAUCCUGAGUUGGUCUCUGAGUUGACUUCGAAAGUUCAAGAGGAUAUCUAUCGCCAAAAUUACAUGAAUGAUCCAAAUGCCCCAGGUGGAAUACCAGUUAUGCAGCAAUCUGCACCAAACAGAGACAGGAUCAGACAAAUACCUGAUGAGCAGAUAUCAGGCGCUUUUGACUUGCAUGGUUUAAAUGCCCCAUUUGCACCUGAAUCCCUCCCUCCGCCACUUCUAAUCCCUGUGCCUGGUGCUGGCCCAUUGGGUCCAUUUGUUCCUGCGCCACCAGAGAUGGCCAUUCAGAUGAUGGAAGAGCAAAGACCUCCAAGACCAAAUGGUGCUCAGCAUGGGAAGCCACCUUUGAUGCCAAGACCAAUGAUGCCCAUGUAUCCACAUUUUCCGCGCGACCCUCGUCCUCUGCGAAAUUACGAUGAUCUCGAUGCUCCUGAUGAAGAAGUCACUGUCAUUGACUACAGAAGCCUGUAGAGCGUCUCUUGUCAGAGUCAAAUCUGCUGAUAGUGCCCAUAGGGCCAUAGCUAAGUUCCUCCGGGUAGCAUAACCAACUGACAUGAAAUUUGAACUCUCUGAGGUUCUGACUGAGAGGUGCCUCAUCAUUUCCUGCAAUACCCUCCGCUCAAACGAGCAAGCAUCCGUGCCAUCUGUCGAAAUGCUGAUACUGAUCCUGACUCUGCCAUGAACUGGCAUUACAUACUCUGGCUCGGUGUAUUUGGGCCAGGAUAUUUGGCGGUGUUUACCUACAGGAGGCCCACUUUACUUGGGUUUGCAGCCCAAACGCCACUGGUUAAGUAGCUUCUGCUAUCUUCUAAACC